CAAUGUCGGUUUCAUUCGAAGCUUUAGCAAUGGCCGGUGUAGAUCAUCUCGAAUGGGGAAUGGACUUCGAUGAAUGGGAGCGGAACGAGUUAGACGAACCACCUCCGCCUCAUUUACUUCUUGAUGAUGAAGAUGAUGAGAUUACUAAAGAUUUCCAGAAGGAAGUGAUGCAAAUCAGAAAUGUUGAGAAGCAUAUACCACAAUGGUUUAGGGUUGUUCUAUUAAUGGUGAAAGUUAUUGUUAAUCUUUUGAUAAUUACAGAGGUGGAUUUUGUCUAG